CAGCUGUUUAAAGCGUAUUCCAUGCUCACCCCUCAGCGGGCGCAGCUCCAGUGGCCAUGUGCAAGGGCGUGUGCAGGUCCAGUCCAUCGCCAUCGCCUCUACAACGCAAGCCGGCGGAGCUCACAGAAGCCGACCGUGGGCACGAGGGCGCUGCUGGGUCUCUCCGCCUGCUUGCUACGGCUCACGGCACGGCUCACCUUGCGCCCUGCGGAGCUCUCGCUAGAGCUGCAAGGCAACUCGUUUUGGAAUCUUCUGUUGGGGCGCUUCAGCUCGCUGUCGUGCACUCUGCACCGCACCAAGCGCUUCAUGCGUGCACGAGACCUGAGGGUGACCUGGGAGGAGGUGGAUCUGGGCCUGAACCCUGUGCUGUAUUUUGCUCUUCCGCUGGUGAUGCUGUGGAAGCCUUUGCCGAGCUUCUACCUGCUAUUGCUGUUUUACCUCCUUCGCCCUGCCUGGCAACGUUCGAACCCGCGCAGAAGCUCCACGCAAGGGUCCCGCGACUCGCGUGGCGGGUUGAGCUUUGAGGCUUCGGCAGGAGCAGAGGAGUUGUGGGAGUGUCGUCUUUGGCGCUCCUGGCUGAAUGUGGGCUUAGGUGACAUCAUGAACUAUAGCAUCGCAGGCUUGGUGGCAGAGCUCGGGGACUUGCGCCAAGCCACGACCUUUGAACUGCAGGGUCUUCAGGUGACGGAUGCUUUAGAGCUGGAUGCAGUGGCACAACUGCCGGACAACGCACUGUUCAAGUACCGCUUGAAGACUGGCCUCUUCGUGGGUGACCUGGACGGGUCGCAAUGUCUCCUUUGGGAUGACCCGGCCAUCCAGGUGAAGCCCAUGCUUUUGCCCGACUUCUGGGCUCCGAUCGGUGGCUUCGCGGGCCGCCGGCUGCCAGCCCGCUUGCGGCUGCGGAGACUGGAGGUUCAGGAUGGACUUCUCUUCGUGUCUGGACAUGUGGGAGGCAGCCAAUCGACUGCAAUCGUUCGAAGAUGAGUAUUAUGGCUGUGUGCCAGCGACUUGGCUGUAUUAUGGCUAUGCUGCUAUGCUUUCUAUGAUGACAUUAGCGACAUUAUUGUAACUUAUUGUUACUAGUAGUAAUGCUCUUGUUACUAGUAGCGAUGCACUUGUUACGAGGCUGUGUGCCAGCAACUUGGCUGAAACACACAAUGUAAAUGGUUGAAGUGGCAAAGGCAGUGUACCAUCUUUGUGCCACUUAAAGCGGGAGCUUCACAGGAUGGUUUGUGGAUGGUUUCCGCUCGAGCAGGUCCUUAGGUCAAGGAUGUGAGUGGAUGGUUAGGUCGUUGACCAUUCUGGAACUGUCCGCUCACCUCGGAACUUGCGCUUUAGGGCGCCCACAUACAUGUGCUGAACUUGCGGAAUCGCACAACGAAACGCUUGGUGUCCCACCACUGGCAUCAUGAAUUGGCAAAAAAAGAUCUGAGUCCCACCACUGGGAAUGUGAGGCUGGACAUGGAGCAAGACCAUGGUCGCGUCGUGCGGAAAAG